CAAGCUUUCUAACGUCACAUUAGAAAUGUAUAUUAUACGUAUUGAUAAAAUGUAAGUACUAAAUUUAAUCUAAGGUACUGUAUCAUAUCAAGAAUGAUAAAUGGAAUGCGAGUGUACAAAGAAGUAUGUGUGAAGGGUAUAUAUUCGCAAUCACUAAUAAUUUAGAAUAGAAAAAAGGACUUAAUAAUGUAAAGCAAUUUUACGACACAUCCUAUUUACAAAAGAAAUUGGGAUUCUUUAUUAAAUAUAAAUUUACUGAAUGAAUGGAUGGUGUCAAUGAGUACAAUAAUUUCGUUAAACAAUUACAGAUGUGAAAAAUACUGUAAAUUUAGUGCAACAAAGUACAAAAGCUCUACCUGAAGAAAUUAUACUUAUUAUAACAUCCGUUUUGUACACAUUGAUUAUUAAACAUAGGGUAAAAUAUAUUAAAAUUUUUAGUCAAAGAAGUAUAAGAUAAAACAUCUUUUAAACUUCUGGCCAUUCCAUAUAUUGCCCUUAUAUCAUAACUUUUUUUUUUCUUUUUUUUUUUUUUUAUAUAUAUAUACACGAUGUUAUUUUACUUACGCUUAACACAUUUGUAAAAUUUAUUGUACGUUUAUUCAUUAACUGUUAGGGGCAAUGACAUUGUUAGUAGAGAGGCACCAGUAUAUAUUUUACAUUAUGUGUACUUUUGCAAUGAUAAUAUACUGCGGGUACUGCAUAUCAGACGUAUGUUAUACAGUAUGCGUAUACGUAUAUAUGAAGAAGCAGAUGGAUCUAUUGUGAUAUUCGUCUUUGGAAUGUUUUACAGUGUGCAAUAUGAUCUUCAUAUUGAAUAUUCUAUUGAUUAUUUUCGUCAUUCAGACAUCAGAUGGGAAUGACACGCAGGACGUGGAAAUUGUAAUGUUACCAUUAUGGAAUACAGAAAGUGUUAUUGAGGUUCCAUUAGCUUUCAAAGUCUUUGGACAACUCAUCGAAUUGAGAUUACGUAAAAAUACCAAGAUAAUAGCACCUGAAUUCCAAGUUUGGACCCACAAUGAAGAAAACGUUCUGCAGGAAUUAUCACAUUUGAAUAAACCGACUCCUUGUCAUUAUCUUCAUAUAGACGGUAUCAGUUCAGCAGCUAUAAGUCUUUGUCAAGAACAUGGUAUACAUGGACUUAUCUUUUUGGAAAAUAGUACUUUAGAAAUUACUCCAAUGGGGGAUUUCAAUCCUUUAUUCUUUGAUUAUCAUUUUAUCGGAGAACGUUCAGAAGCUCCUUUAAAAGAUAGAGUACUGCACAUCGUGAAAAGAGCUUAUGCUCCUCCAAUAACACAAGAUUAUUAUAUUAGGAAGAAUCUCCAGUAUGAAUACUACAAUUUAAAUAUAUCCGAAACAAAUCAGAUACUUGAAAAAAUUGAGAGAAGGCAAACGAAUGAAGAUUUAACAUUAGAAUUAGCUAUUUUCCUCGACGAAACUGGAUAUAACACUUUUGCACCAUUUUUUGAUAAAGAUGAUGAAAAAAUUCGUGACAUGUUAUUAGCAUAUAUAAAUGGAAUACAAGCUCUUUAUCAUCAAUCUAGUUUAGGAAAACAAAUAGACAUUUCUCUUGUACGAAUGGACAUAAUGCAUAAGCAACCAUCCGAUUUGCCAAACUUUGGUGGCGAAAGAGGUAGUUUAUUAGAUUCCUUUUGCAAUUAUGCAAAACUUCAUAAUCCUCCAGACGACAAGCAUCCCAAUCACUGGGAUCUUGGGCUUUACGUAUCCGGAUUGGAUUUUUAUGCUGUUGAAGAUGGAAUAAAAAAUACAGCAACAAUGGGUUUGGCUACAGUAGGGGGUACAUGUAUUGAUCAAUACUCAUGCGUUAUUGUAGAAUUAGGAGUUACAAAUCGUUUUGGAAAACCAUAUCCAUCUGCAGGCUUUACUUCGGUUUACAUAGCUGCUCAUGAAAUUGGACACAACUUAGGAAUGCAUCAUGAUUCUAUUGGUAAUUCCUGCCCAAGGGAUGGCUACAUAAUGUCACCCAGCAGAGGAGUACAAGGAGAGACGAUUUGGUCGGAAUGCAGUCGCGAGGUAGUACGAGCUCUUUCUCGCAACAAACCAUGCUUACUGGAUAAACCGACGUUGGAGGAAGACAAAUCCCUCGAUCAUAGACGAUUUCUUGAUCUUCCUGGUAAAGAAUGGAAUGCAAAAAAACAAUGCGAGAUACUUUUACUUGACAAAGAUGCCACUGUCGCUACGCUACAUCAAGUUUGUCAGGCUCUUCAAUGUAAAAGUCCUCAUAGAAGCGGAUAUUAUUUCGCCGGUCCAGCGCUGGACGGUACUAAUUGCGCGCCUGGAAGAGAAUGUCGUGCUGGCGAAUGUCUUCCGGCUUUUCAAAUCGCGCCAGGGCCAGGAGGAGGAGCUUUUAUACGCGAAGGAGGUUGGAGCGAUUGGAAGGUAGGGCCUUGUAGCAGCGGCUGUUUACAGAGGUCGAAAGGAGCUCGACAAAGACAUCGUUCUUGCGACAAUCCGUUGCCAAUUAAUACCGAGGCUGGUUGCGAAGGAUGGCACUACGACGUACAACUUUGCAAGGACGAUAGACUUUGUAAGAAGAAGCGCAAAACCAUAACCGAAUUCGCCACGAUCAGAUGUAUAGAAUUUAGCGAGAUCUUAUCAGAAUUGGACGGUAGAGGUAGAGGGUUGCAAGCUAUUCACGAAUCUGACAGACCAUGGAUUGCUUGUGCCAUAUUUUGUCGUCGUAAAGACAUAAUGUCAUAUUACACGCCGCGUAUAGAAUUAAAUGACCUUGGCCUUGAUCCGUAUUUUCCAGACGGAACAUGGUGUCACGAAGAGGGAGGUCAGGAUUAUUUCUGCCGUCAGCAUCACUGCUUGCCAGAGGACUUUCGAUUUGCAAAAAAAUUUCUGUCCGAUCAUAAAGAUGAAAUAGAAUUAGGAUUAGGAUUACAAAAUGCACGUUCGAAUGAAGCGAAACCAUCGGAUCGAUUGAUAAAAUAUUUCAGUCUGGGACUCGAUGGUUUACCAUUAUUGACGUCUUUACCAGCUAACCUUACCAACUUACCGCCGAAUGAUGACGAAUUGAUAGACAAGGAUUAUAUUGACCUUACGAAGGGCCAAAUUCGAUGACAAAUUCUGCGUGAGAGCGCAGAGACUUUUAUAUAGCCAAAGGAAAUAGUUUAUAAUGUUUUGUAAAGUGUUAAUUUUCUUUCUUUUUUUUCUUAAUAAUUAUGCUUAUAAGCUGCUUAUGUUAUAUAUGAAAGAAAUUAUACGUGAGCUAUAGAACAACACAUGUAUUAAUCUGCAAUUGUGAAAUAAAUACAAAACAAUAUGUAUUUCA